CAACCCUUCAACAACAACAACCUACGAGGCAAAUUUAAAAUUAAAUAUUCUGUGCUGUUGAGCACAACACACGCAACAACCUCGUCACAAACACAAAUAACGACAGAAAGGUCACAACUGCAAUGUUUAAGUGUUGACCACGUAGUAAGGAUGAUGCAAGUACUGAGAUCCUGGCAAGUGUUGAGUGGAGUAGCAAGACGAUCACUCAGUACCCAAGGGAGGUUGAAUGCCCAGGCGGAGACAAGGUCACGACAUGACAAGCCACCUGUCCCUGUUACUCCCCAGCAGUACAUGGACAGGGAAGAGAAGUUUGGUGCCCAUAACUACAAAUCACUCCCAGUUGUCAUCUCUCGAGCUAAGGGUGUUUUCAUGUGGGAUGUGGAGGGUAAACGGUACUUUGACUUCCUGAGUGCAUAUUCUGCCGUGAACCAGGGCCACUGUCAUCCCAAGAUCCUGGAGGCUCUGCAGCAGCAGGCAUCCACCCUCACCCUCACCUCCAGGGCCUUCUACAAUAAUAUACUGGGGGAGUACGAGGAAUAUGUUACUACGCUCCUUGGAUAUGAAAAGCUCCUUCCCGUGAACACAGGUGUGGAAGCAGGUGAAACAGCCUGCAAGUUAGCACGAAAAUGGGGGUACUUGGUGAAGGGAAUCCCCGAGAACCAGGCCAAAAUCAUCUUUGUAAACAACAACUUCUGGGGACGCACAAUCUCCGCCAUAUCCAGCUCAACUGACCCUGUUGCAUUUCGUGGAUUUGGCCCAUAUAUGCCUGGCUUCUCUCUCAUCCCUUAUGAUGAUUUGCAGGCACUUGAGGAGGCUGUGUCAGAUCCCACAGUGGCUGCUUUCAUGGUGGAACCCAUCCAGGGAGAAGCUGGAGUGAUUGUCCCUUCUGAUGGUUACCUCAGGGGUAUCCGGACAAUUUGUGAUCGUCAUAAUGUACUGUGGAUCGCAGACGAGAUCCAGACUGGUCUAGCACGCACAGGACGUCGCCUGGCAGUCGACUACGAAAAUGUCAAGCCAGACAUCCUCCUCCUUGGCAAGGCAUUAUCUGGUGGUGUCUACCCUGUGUCAGCUGCACUCGCAGAUGAUAAGGUUAUGCUGUGCAUCAAGCCUGGCGAGCACGGCUCCACCUAUGGUGGCAACCCCCUUGGCUGUAAGGUUGGGCUAGCAGCUUUGCAAGUGAUGGAGGAGGAGAACCUGGCAGAAAAUGCUGAGAAGAUGGGCAUUAUUUUACGCUCCGAGUUAUCAAAAUUACCAAAGGAAAUUGUUCCUGUUGUGCGAGGACGAGGACUACUGAAUGCCAUUGUUAUUAGUAAUAGGAUCGAUGCAUGGGAUGUAUGUUUACGCCUUAAACUUAAUGGAUUGCUGGCUAAACCGACACACGGAGACAUCGUCAGAUUUGCCCCACCACUGUGUAUCACAGAGGAAGAGCUAAGGGAGUGUAUUGAUAUUAUCAAGAAAACCAUCUUAUCGUUUUAACAGGUUUCACACGGAGUGUGCCAUUAAUGAUCCGAAGUUAAAGGAGAAAGUCACCUUUUAAUUGUUGCACAAUUUAUGAAACAAAUAUCAUUAUGAGCAAUCUCACAACACAUAUGCAGCUUAUUUGGUAGUUAUUUAUGUUCCCUUCAAAAUGGAAAACUUUCACUUGUGACAAGCUGGCACUUUAGUCUUUAAUUGUUUAUAGAAAAGAUGAUUUACCUUUUAUUGCAUUUUAUACUUAUACAAUAUUAAAUGUUAUUGUACAGUAUGCUUAAACUACAAUUAAGGAACUUUUCAUACAGGUAAUGUUCAUAUAAUGAAAACAGAGAGAAAAGAGAGUGGAAUAGUUUAUAUGGUUCCUAUAGUCUGGGAAUUAGGGACACAUUCUGGUGGCUGUGGAGGCUGUUUAUGCUCUCUGACUAGGAAGAGAGGGGAUAGGGUUAUAACAAUCUAGUGCUUUUUUGUUGGAGAUAAUCUACAUAUUCCAUUGUGGUCCCUGGCUGGAAAGACUUAUUUUCUGUCAAUAAAUCCAGUUAAAGCAUUUCCUACUUAGUGCAACUGUUAUACUAUACUACCAAUAUAUAACAUUAACUGUUGUACAUCAUUACAAGUAUUUUCACUAAUCAUAUGCAGCAAUUUUAUCACGGUAGUCCACUGUAAUCUUACUUCUUUAUCUUUAAUGGAACAUAUAACCAAGUGAUAUAACACACACCAACAAAAUAACAAUGCAGCUCUGGUUUCCUAAAUAUUAGGGUUAUGAUUUUUCCCAUUGGAUUUCAGAAAGUAAUGGUAGAAUGAUAUACAAUUUGAACAAGUGAUUUACAUUAUAUAAACAUUUGUAGAAGUAUGUAGAAGAGAAUAACAAAGCCUGAAUAACAGAACUCUUGUGGGAGUGUAUAUUUCAUGUUCAAGUUCUCCUAAAAACACAAUCCUUCAUGUUAAACAUUUCCUGGAUAAUAUAAUAUUUUCAUCCUUAAACUUAACAAUGGCCUACAAAAGUCUCCAAACAGGACUGAGUAGAUAUAUUUCACUAUCAAACCCCUGACAUCCUAUUCCUGCCACAGAUGCUAGUAUUUUUUAAAUAGUUUACAGGUCAUUCUUACAUUUUAUACAAUACUUUUUAAGAGUAAGAACAUAUUUAAUCUUUCAUUUUUUUUAGUAGAGAAUAUUACAUGUUGUUCCUUUACAUAGUACCUUGUACUGUACUUUUUUCUUUUAGCCUGUCUUAGUAUGUAUGAAGACUACUUAUAAAUUAGUAAAACAUGGACUGAUGUUGCAUUGUGUUAAUAUUUUAAUGUAAUUUCCAAUGCUGUGAUAUGUAAAUGUUUAUGAUUUUAUCCUACCUGUACCUGUACUAUGCAUUAUAAGUUUCAAUAAAACUAUCUUGUCA